AUGAAAAAGAAGGAAUUUAAGGGUCUCGACCUCAUUUCGUAUGAUGUCGACAUGAACGUGCAUGAUUUAACGAAAAUAGCAAACCGAAUUUUAGAAUCAAAAGGAGGAAACACCGCAUUCAAGAAAAGUAAUCCCUCAAUUUUGGGCCAAAUUGACACAUCGGAUGUAGUCGAUCAGGAAAUGUACAAUGAAAUUAUGAAACAAAACAGAAGUUUGCAAGUGUCAAAUACUUCAAUGAUGGAAACAAGCCUUUCUCAACAGACAAGAACCAUGCUUCCUUUGUUCAAAGCUCACUCACGAUCAUCAGACAAAAAAGGACAACAAGUAGAAUCUCUAUUGAGCGAUAAUGUGGUUGCAAAAAUACCAAUCAACAAACACUUCAAAGAAUCUAAUUUUGUGGAUCAACCUCCAGAAGUUUUAGAAAAAUGUUUGAGAGACGAAUAUGCAGCAAGAUAUUUGGAAAAAUUGAACAUUUCUGUCACACAAAAAAACCUCAAGAUUGUCAACAACAUUUUACCAAUCACACAUUGUGUAGCUCACAAACAUAGAACACCCAAUAACGAGCUAUACUUGUCGUUCACUCCACAACCACAUCUGGUUGCUGGAAAAUGUGGCACCAACGCCUCAAUGUCACUCAGCGGAUUAACACCAACAAGAGUUGCAGAUAAGGCAGAGUUUGAAUAUCGUGUGAUGGAAAUAAUGGACAAGGAAAUGUCAAAUCUUAAUUUUCAAGCUAUUGCAAAUGGCGAACCAAACAAGACCUCUUUAGUAGAAGAAAAGGGAUCUCUUCAACUUAAACCUGAAGAGUCAAAUCAUCCCAAAACAGGACUUGUUAAUAAGGAAGGGAAGCUCACUGUACCAAAGUUUGAGGAAUAUAAGAAAUAUAUUUAUCCUUACAAUCUUAUAAGAGAAAAGUUCAUGUUAGACGGUGAAAAAGAGGAGAUGGAACAAUCAAUAUAUGAAAGACAUCAAUACAACACAAUGAUGAUCGAACGAAGUCGAAUGGCAAGAAUGCAAUCAUUUCUUAUUAAGGACUCUAAUCGAUCUCUAAGUCGUUCGAACUUGAGGAUGAAAGAUACAUUUGAAGAAACAGGAAGAAGUAAAUCAGUUCUUGGAAAGAACAAUACAAACCAAGUAUUGGAUUUUCACUUCAACGAACAAUUUAAAUUUGAUGAGAAAGAGUUGGAAAAAACUCCUCACUUAUCGUCGUUUGAAAUUGUGGAGUUACAAAAUAGUUUCUUCGAAGAAUUUCCCUUCCAACGUUGGAACUGGAUUUCAGAGAAACAAAAAAGAUCAAUUGCAAAGGACAUUACAGACAUUAAGCUUACCACCUUCAUUAAGGUUUUUAUUGAGUUUUGUUAUUGGACGUUCUUACAAGAAUUCUCAAAAGAAGUGGUGGAUCGGUAUGACCUUGAAAAACGAUUUUUGUCCGCUUAUGAAGAUCUAAUUGAAGAUUUUAAAAAGUUCAGAGGUAGCAAGAUAAAAGUGACUACUAAUCAUCCAAUAAUUCUGCUGUGCAUUCGGGUGACAACAGAGAGUACAUUAAGGAUAUGCUACCAAACAUUUUGCAAAACCAAGUACUUUUUGACGCUUUGUUACAAAAUGUCAUCGUUAGUGUCCUUUUUAUUCGAUCCAGACUCUGAUGUACUCAGCAAGCUACCUCCCAUUGAAUCAAAUGCCAAAGAACGAAAGAUUAUUGAAAAACUUUCUCGAAUAACAAGGAAAGAUGAGCUGGUGUCAACGAAGCGAAAAGCAAAUUCUGUCUCUCCAGUGAUGACAAGCGUGCUACUGUCGUCUCCAUUGAGAGACAAAAACUUGGAGUUCUCGGACAACCUGUCCAAACGAAUCAUCAAAUCAGUUGUUUCAGUGUUGAGUGAAGACUUGAGAGCGAAAUUGAUGAACAUCUACAUGAAGAAAUCAAAAUAA